AGCAGAUCUACACAUACUGUACAUCGCUCAACCGCUGGCUCUGUGGACGGGCUGAAUACCAUCGCAUGUUUUACAGAUCAACUGUUACGUUAUCUCCAAUAACGAGCGUUCAACGAUCUAAAUUUCUUUGGAUAUCCGUUAAAAAAUUUAAAACAACCAGUUAGAAGAAAUUAUCUGUGCAAACGGACCAUUUUUAUGCAGUGAAUUUUUGUUCAUUUAAAUAAUGGUUGUCAAUAGGGAGAAAACUAUAUUUAGGACCUGCACUUCCCGUACAGACAGAAUUAAUAAACAAACAUUUACCACAGAUUAUCAUUGACAGUUCACCUCCAGCCUGAGACGCAGGCCAUAAUGAAAAGUGUCCAGGUUGCAGUGGUGGGAGCUGGCGUGAUUGGGUUGUCCACUGCUGUCUGCAUCGCUGAGGCUCUUCCUUUGUGCGCCGUUACUCUGCUGGCUGAGAGGUUCAGCCCGGACACCACCAGUGAUGGAGCUGCUGGGCUCCUGUUUGCUGCAGAGUUUCCGGAUAUUCCCUUGGAAAGACAAAGACGCUGGUUCAAGGACAGCUUUGAUCACCUGUGGGCCAUCGCUCGAUCACAACACUCCCCAGAAGCCGGAGUAAUGCUGAGCUCUGGCUGGCAAAUUUUCAAAGAGGUUCCGGCAGAUAAGAAGCCCUUCUGGUCAGACUUUGUGAUCGGCUUUCGACGCAUGACCGACCGCGAACUGAAACCGUUUCCCAAUCAUAAGUUUGGCCAGGCGUUCACCACCAUAAAAUGUGAAUGCUCAAGCUACCUGCCAUGGCUGGAGAAGAGGUUUAGAAAAGCUGGGGGCCAAGUGCAACAGACGAAAGUCAGCAGUCUUCAGGAACUAAGUAACAUCUAUGAUAUCAUUGUCAACUGCUCUGGUUUGGGCUCCAAAAUGCUGGUGGAUGACACCCAAGUAUACCCGGUCAGAGGCCAGGUCCUCAAGGUGGAGGCACCCUGGCUGCAGCACUUCAUCAGAGCUGGAGACGGAAUGACCUACAUCUACCCCGGCAUACACGGUGUCACUUUAGGCGGCACAAGGCAGGAGGGGGACUGGCGACUACAGGUGGAUGAAGGAGACACAAAGAGCAUCCUGGAGCGCUGCAGCGAGCUGGAGCCGUCACUCAGCAAAUGCAAAGUUCUCAGCAAGUGGGUCGGUCUGAGGCCGAGCAGGAGGAACCCAAGGGUGGAGAGGGAGCUGGUGCAGCUGCAGGGCCACAGAGUACCUGUGGUCCAUAACUACGGCCACGGCGCCUGGGGAGUCACUCUCUCCUGGGGUACCGCGCUGGAUGCCCUGGGGCUGGUCAGACAGUGUCUUCAUGAAAUGCAUUUACACGCUAAACUGUGAAGAAAUUCUGCCAUUAAAUCCCGAUUUUACUAAGUGCCGAUAACACUUUUUAAAUAACAAAACACAAUUACAGGGAGAUGUAAAUCACUGAUAGACAACAUAUCAACAAAACAAAAGUUCUUAAAUGCAUUAAAGUAUUGUUGUAGCUUUUACAUUUUUCAGUGUAUGUAGGAAAAACUAUUUAUGGAUAAAUAAUUCAUUUAAUGAUAAUAUAAUUUACAGCUAACAUUAAUGAACAGUUCUUUGGAUGGUUAUGAGGGAAUGUCAUAGUAAACACUUUUUUUUUUUUAAUUAUACAAUUUGGUGUCAGUAACAGUUGCCUUUGAGUGCAGAGAUCUGCAGUCAGAAAGAUAAACUUCAUUCAAAGAAAUCAAAAUGUAUUUAUUUAUCAAAGAGCGAUUAACAGCCUUGUCAGCAUUUUUACAAUGUGUAUAUCAACGAAAACUUUAGUAUUUUCCAGUUCAUUAAUGCUAAAUACUAUACAUAAAUUACUGACAUUAAACUGAUGUGAAAUUUCUUUCUGUCAACAAUUUAAAUAAAAUGG